GCUCACAUGGCGCACUCGCAAGAACUCUUAUAAAAGCCUCGCUCCGCUCGGGCGGACCAACAGAAGCGGAGACUAUCUCUCAACCGACAGUAUCACGUAAGGCUAUACACAGUAGUGUCUUGGCAACUAGCCUCUCAGUUCAGUUCAGCUCUCGGUGUGGUUAGCGACAAGCCAGCGCGGUGCGAAAGCAGAAACGCAGUAGUGAUACAUAGUCGGAAGAAGUGAAAAUUUCCUAUCAGGUGGAAGAAUUGUGAAAAAGUCACAAGGCGACUAGAGAAAAAUUACCAACCGCAGUGAAUCAGCCGUGAAGUGAGUGGUUCUUUGUUGUGUAAUUCGUGAAAUCGCCCCCAUCGCAUGGUAGCCGUGAGUGAUCGCAAGCCGUUCCCAUCAAUGCUGAAUAAUUAACUUCAUUGACGAAAAGUUUCGAGAAUUUCUCUAAAGAAUAAAAUCACAGGUCAGUUAGCCCUUGCCCCGGGCUCUGACCACAUCCAAGGAGAUCCUCCCUGGUGACACGUGAUUAAUACGCUGGCUAACACCCACCGAGACUGGCUGCCUCUUCGUUUUAAUUGAAAUCUUUGGACUACAAUACACGCUUAAGUGCCAUCGGAUUAAGACUUACCCCUAAAUUUCUAAGUUUCUACAUCGCAAGCAAGCAUUCCAAAACUCUAAAACUAACUCAUCAACAUGAAAUUCCUCACUCAAAACGAAACCGAGCUGGUCCAGAUCGUGGACGGCCCCAUCAACGUGCCGGCCAUCAUCGACCAGCUCACCAACGAGCUGCCCACCGAGGAGCCCUUCUACGUGAUGAACAUCGACGACAUCGUCCGCAAGCAUCAGGCCUGGAUCGAGAAGAUGCCCAGAGUGGUUCCGCACUACGCCGUCAAGUGCAACGACACCGAAGUGGUCUGCGCCACGCUGGCCGCCCUCGGUGCCAGCUUCGACUGCGCAUCCAAGGGCGAGAUCGCCAAGAUCCUUGCGCUGGGCGUCAGCCCCGAUCGCAUCAUCUUCGCCAACCCGAUGAAGCCGAGCUCGCAUCUGCGCUACGCCAAUGCCAACAACGUCAAGACCAUGACCUUCGACAGCGAAAUCGAGCUGCACAAGGUCCGAAAGUUCUGCCCGGACGCCAAGCUGGUGCUGCGCAUCCGCUGCGAAGCCGAGAAGGCGCAAUGUCCCCUGGGAAAGAAGUUCGGAUGCGAUCCCGUCGAGGAAGCUCCUCAGCUGAUCAAGGCCGCCCGCAGUCUGAACCUGGACGUGAUCGGCAUCAGCUUCCACGUUGGAUCCGGAUGCUCCGACUUCCCGAUCUACUACAAGGCAAUCUCCUUCGCACGCGAUCUCUUCGACUACGCUAAGCAACUGGGAUACGAAUUCAACCUGUUGGACAUUGGCGGCGGCUUCCCCGGUGAUCAUGGAACCUCGAUUGACGAAGUGUCACUGAUCGUCAAUACGGCUCUGGACAAAUUCUUCCCCGACAAAUCGGUGCGCGUAAUCUCCGAGCCUGGCCGAUACUACGUAGCAUCGGCGUUCACCCUGAUCACCAAUGUGCAAUCGAAACGCACCUGCCUUAACCCCGUCACCGGUACCGUCGAUCGUAUGAUGUACUAUCUGAACGACGGAGUCUACGCCUCGUUCAACUGCAUCCUCUACGACCAUCAGGUUCCAAAGCUCCGUCUGAUCGGGCAACAAGGCGGCAAGACCUACAAAUCCACCAUCUGGGGACCGUCGUGCGAUGCACUGGAUCAAAUCGCUGAAACCAUCAUCCUGCCGGAACUUCAGAUCGAUGACUGGGUUGUCUUUGACGACAUGGGUGCCUACACUAUUCCGGUUGCAAGUCCAUUCAAUGGUUUCCCAUUGCCCAAGGUGUUCUGCUACGUUAGCAAGGACACAUGGGACAUGAUGGAUAACCUGACCACGCUCGCCGACGAAAGCCUCUGCAACAGCUCCACUGCCGAUCUGAUGAUCAACUAUGAAAAUGUAGUUUGCGCAUGAACCUCGCCAACGACGUCAACGUGGCUCGUCUCUGCUAAAUUACGCACCCUGAUUU